ACAGCCGAAAUUAAACUAUUACGUGAGGAUGUCGGAGAUUUAAAAGAUCAUAUCAAAACUUUGACUACCCACCUCACCCGCUGUAACGCCCGACUAGACGAUAACGAAGCCCGAAUAAAAAUACUGGAAAAACGUGAAGAAGAGAUUAUCUCCCUUAACAAUACUAUAGCCGAACUACGAGCACAGCUAAACUCACAACAACAGGCUGCAUUAAAAAACGAGAUAGAGGUCAUUGGAGUUAAUGAGACGAAACAUGAAAACCCACUGCACAUCAUUCAUACGUUAGCACAGAAAAUUGGAGUCCCCCUGGGGGAGCAUGACCUAGACUGCGUAACAAGAGCAGGCCCACGUCAGCAGCGUUCUGCAUCCAAUACUGCGAUUGCCCCGAGACAACUAGUGGUCAGAUUUGUUAGACGCUAUAAGCGUGACGAGUUUCUACAGGCCAUAAAAACCAGGCGUAACCUUACGUCCUCGGAUAUUGAAAUUGAAGGACCAACUCGAAAGCUAUAUUGCAACGAAAGGCUCACUCGUGAAAAUAGGCAGUUAUUUCGCGCAUGCAGAACAUCGGCUAAAGAUAAUGGGUAUAAAUUCUGCUGGACCAAAAAUGGGUCAAUAUACAUCCGAAAACAAGAAGGUAACCCAACAAUUCAAAUCAAAAAUAUUGAUGACCUGCGCCGCCUCAUGCUUGUCCACCCUACAUUGGACAAUGCCCCGGACGCCCCUGCCUGCCCUACCAGCCCAGCAGACGACUAG